UAAAUGUUCGCAGUUGAACGAAGGGUUUACAGUAAUCAAAUUUCCGUUUAUAUGACUGUCUAAAAGCAUCUUUUCAUAGCUUCUACAUGUGCACAGGUUAUAGUAAUGUUUUUGCUUCAAAGAUGGGAGAUUUUCAGUUGUAGUAACGCUUUGAUUGAGCACAGUUAAGGCGGUUGCUACGGAUGUAUAAUGGGACUAGGCUGAUAAAUACUAAAAUUAUCGCGGGAGUUUGGACCGGACUGUGGGUACACUUGAGAAUUUCUUCAACGUGGGAGUGAGAUUUAAUCUGUACGAGUAUGAUGGAGAUGUCGCAUCAUUCUUUAAUCACAAACCUGGUGAAGGAGCUGAGAAAUUCUAAGCUCUAUUCGGAUUUACAGGAUGCUGCCGAGGAGGAAAUACUGAAGCCAAGUGUACGUGUGUCAGACCUGCAAAAAGCUGUGCAGUCUGGACUUAUAAAGUCGGGUUGGGAUAAGGAGUUGAAGAAUGUUGUUUACAAUGCAAUGCAGAAACAAAACAGUGUGAUGUCAUCAGACAUACCUCCGGAUUUGGAAGCACAGAAAGAACCUUUGGCCCAUCUAAGAAAAGCACAAAUGAACUGGGAGAAGAGGAUUUUGAAGAGUCUAAACAGUAUGUGCACAGAGCUCAGUGUCCCAUUGGCUAAAAAGAGAUCAGAGAAAGACCGUAAAGACCUGGCAAGUCGCUGGAGUGAGCUGGGCACAACUCCCCCAGAUUUGAGUCAGAUUCGACCAGUGUAUGCACCCAAAGACUUCCUGGAGGUGAUAGCAAAUUUACAAAACAACAACUACAACAACAACCAGGACAUAGUCAGGGCUGGAACUUUAUGGGGUAUAAUCCAGAUUCCUUUGAAAGUCAAAAGCAUUCAUGAAUUGAGGUUACAGUACAGUGAGAUGUCUAUAAACCAGUGUCAGACAGGUGUAGAUGAUGCUCAGGACAUUCCCCCAGAGCUGUUUGAUCUGGACAGGACAAAGCUGGGCAAAAAAGUGGUCAUAAACAAACACAGUCCGCUGUCCCAGGAGUUCUCAAAGAAAGGAUGUCCAGUCAGUCUAAGAGCAGUCUUGUGGAGGCAGAUGUUAGGGGUGGAGGUGACAGAUGUGGAUCAGCUCUACUAUGAACAACUGAAGGCCUAUGUGAUGCACCACGACCUCCUUGUGGACAACCUCUUGUAUAAGGAUGUGAAGCUUACAGCUACCAACGAUGAUCAUUAUUUUGUUUUCGAAGAUUUUCUGUAUCAGGUGCUGUUGCCUUUUUCCCGAGACACCAAGGUUUUGGAGCAUUUUGCUCGUAACAGUGCUACACCAGCUAAAUCUUAUAUCCGGGGCAAGUUGGGCAUGCAAGAAUAUGCUGUGAUCUACCCUCCUAAUGGAGUUAUUCCUUUCCAUGGGUUUGCUAUGUAUGUGGCCCCUCUGUGUUACCUGUAUGAUGACAUUGUCACACUCUACCACGUCUUCAGGGAGUUCUACUGCAGGUACUUCUUCAGGUUACACAGUAUUUCAUCACAUCCUCAGGGAAUUGUAUCUCUGUGUCGACUGUUUGAAGAUCUUCUACAAGGAAGCGAACCCAUGCUGAGUUAUCACCUAGUCUCCAUAGGCUGUCAGCCCUUAAAGAUAGCCUUCAAAUGGCUGGUGCGAGCAUUCUCAGGCUACCUGUCCAGUGAUCAGGUGUUGCUGCUGUGGGACAGACUACUAGCCUACAAUUCCCUGGAAAUAUUACCAGUUCUGGCUGUGGCGAUCUUCUCAUUCAGGAAGACAAACUUAGUCAAAGUACAAACCGUGUCAGCAGCGGAGGCAGUUCUCGCGGAUUUGACCACCUUACAGGUUAUACCGCUCAUACAACUGAUGCUGUUCUCCAAAUAACGGACGAAGGUCCAUCUUUGCUCCUAAUCCCGGUUUGCCGUUUGGAGACAACAUUUAUCAAGUGGAGAAACGUGUUGUCGCCCACUCGUCAUGGUAUUUCUGGUGUACAGGUCUUGGCCUGCUGAUGAAGGAUGUUAACACGAAAACAUUGUGAUCCGCAUUGAUAUUCCAUUUGGUAGCUUUAUGACCAGAUGUUUCUACACCGAAUGUACCGACGAAUGAAUGGUCUAACAGGUACAGUCUACACUCAUAAGGUUCUCUCGUAGGACUGAUGCUGUGAGCUUUAGGGACAAGGUACAAACUUUUGUGCUUCAAGUAAAUUUCAGUAUGGAGGACUCUCUCCAUUACUGCGAGUUAUGACGUGUAAAUUCUGGCGCGUCGUGGGAAGACAAAGUUUUUACAUCUUCUUACUAGUUGUGAAAACAGACAACUAGCCUGAAGAGUGCUUUCAGCACGAUGACUGUAAGUGACAAGAGUCUCUGCUUAGUGCCUGUGACAAAUUGGUGAACUGCAUGCUCUACCAACCCUCUUCCAUCUAUCAUCUACGACAGCCUAUGCUGACUCCGCCCCCGGCCUACUGUAACAUUUCAUUUACAUCUGUCAUCGCAAGCAUGGUUCAAGCAGAUUGGUUAUAAGGCACAAAACGAAGAUACUUUCCAAUACCUCUUACAUUUUGAACUGUAAAGGCAUGCAUUUCUUUUUGAAUAAACCAUUCUAAGAAUAAACAAAUAGAGAUCAAACAUAUUUUUUAUUUGUAAGUGUUGAACCAUAUCCGCUUAUGAACUUUUAGACGGUCAUUGACAAGCUCUUAAAUAGUGUCUUGGUGAAUUUAUGCCACACUUUGUGUGUAAUUAUGCUGGCAAGCAAUGAACCAGUGCUCGUGCUUGUGAAGUUUCCCACUGCAUUAUUGUAAUUGACAUAAUUCUCACCCAUGACCAAUACCCUGUUCACCCGGGCAAAGUUAAGCUGGUGUAACUUGCGAAAGUGGCUUGUGGCCAGUUUGUUGUCGCAUGUGUGAACGCAAAGUGGGGGCAUUCAAUCCGGUUUGUGUGCCCAGCCAGCGAAGUGGUUUGAAGCCAGUUUCAGCUUGAGCCGGUUUAUCCGUGCUGUGUGAACGAUUGCUGAAUUAAAUGCCUCGGAGAUGUAUUUUUGACGCGCAUGCGGACAUGGUAUGGUUGACAAGCUCGACAUUCAAAGAUUGACAGUCGAGGGAUAAAUUGGGGCGACGAAGAAACUUCGGCACUAAUCGCUGUUUGGGGCGAUAAUAUCAUGCAACAACAACUGAAUGGUGCAUUGAGAAACAAG